CCAUUUCCAUUUCUCUGCAUCAAGACUUCCAUGGCUUCUCUUCCUUCCCCACCCACCAUGAAUCUCCUCGAGAAAUCCCUUCUUCCUUCCUCACCUCAAUCUUUCAUUUCCUCAAUACCCUCUUCUUCUUCCUCCUCCAAACCCCUUCGUUCCCAUGCUAUUCGCUGUUCUGUCGCUGUGGCGCCUUCUGUUUCGACUAAGGCAUCGAAGGAAUUCAAGUUGAAGUCUGUCAAGGCCCGGCAGAUCAUCGACAGUAGAGGCAAUCCCACGGUCGAGGUUGAUUUGAUUACUGACGAUCUCUACCGAUCCGCUGUCCCCAGCGGGGCCUCCACUGGGAUCUAUGAGGCGUUGGAGCUUAGAGAUGGAGAUAAAACCGUUUAUGGAGGUAAAGGUGUGCUUACUGCUGUUAAGAACAUCAAUGAUAUCUUGGCUCCUAAGCUUGUUGGCGUCGAUGUCAGGAAUCAAGAAGAAGUUGAUGCAAUCAUGCUGGAAAUUGAUGGAACUCCAAACAAGUCGAAACUUGGGGCAAAUGCUAUACUAGGAGUUUCUUUGAGCGUCUGCAGAGCUGGUGCUGGCGCUAAGGGACUACCAUUGUAUAGGCACAUCCAAGAAUUAUCAGGCACUAAGGAACUUGUUAUGCCAGUUCCUGCUUUUAAUGUUAUAAAUGGGGGUAGCCAUGCUGGAAAUAAUCUAGCAAUGCAAGAAUUUAUGAUCUUACCUGUAGGUGCUAUAUCUUUCGCAGAGGCACUUCGCAUGGGAAGUGAAGUUUAUCACACACUAAAGGGAAUUAUUAAAGCAAAAUAUGGACAAGAUGCCUGCAAUGUUGGAGAUGAGGGUGGAUUCGCUCCAAAUGUUCAAGAUAACAAAGAAGGACUGGUGUUGCUUAUUGAUGCCAUUGAAAAGGCUGGCUAUACAGGAAAGAUCAAAAUAGGAAUGGAUGUUGCAGCUUCAGAGUUUUUCACUAAAGAGGGAAAAUAUGAUUUGAACUUCAAGAAACAGCCAAAUGAUGGAGCUCAUGUUCACUCAGCUCAUGGCCUUGGCGAACUCUAUAAACAGUUUGUCAAAGAUUUUCCCAUUGUUUCCAUCGAGGACCCCUUUGAUCAAGAUGAUUGGAGCUCCUGGGCUUCUCUACAGUCUUCUGUUGAUAUCCAACUUGUGGGAGAUGACUUGCUGGUAACAAAUCCAAAGAGAAUUGCCAAAGGCAUUCAGAAAAAAGCUUGUAAUGCUUUACUUCUGAAGGUUAACCAGAUUGGAUCAGUGACUGAAUCAAUUCAAGCUGCUCUUGAUUCCAAGGCUGCUGGCUGGGGAGUGAUGGUCAGCCACCGAAGUGGUGAAACUGAAGAUAACUUUAUUGCUGAUCUUUCUGUUGGCUUAGCUAGUGGACAGAUCAAGACUGGAGCUCCAUGCCGAAGUGAACGGUUAGCCAAAUAUAAUCAGCUUCUUCGCAUUGAAGAAGAAAUUGGCAGUAUUCGAUAUGCCGGUGCAUCUUUCAGAUCACCUUAGGAGAUAAAAAGUUCAAGGGGACUGUUAAUGUAUCAAUUUUAGGCGGAAGAGUGGCUUGAUAGAAGAAAAUGUGGAGGAUUUCUGCAGAAAUAAUAUGCUGAACUUUUCGGUCCAAGGUGUUGGAAUCUGACAUAGUACAAAGUUGAUUUUGAGUGUUACCAUGAGAGUAUUUAAAUUUUUUGUUUUGAACUAUUCGUUUCAAAAUAAUACAGUGCUUUGUUUCCCAAACUA